AUGACUGCGGUUAACAGCCCUUUGAAUGGGAAUCCGUUAGGAGCUCCUGGUUCAAUCAACGACCCGACCAGGCAAGCGCAGCUCUAUCACUAUCUUGAAACUCUCAAAACUGACGAAAAUGGAUGGCGAAAAUCUACUGACAAUAUCAUAGCGAACAACUUGAGUACCGACGAAGAGCACUUUCUUCUUCUGCAAGUGAUCGAAGACUAUCUUGCUCGUCGUUAUGCAGGAGCUGACGCUGAUAGUGUCAUGCGUAUUCGUAACCUACUUUCUCACUGGAUUCAGAAGCUGUCCACACGACCAGAUCAACCAAGUUUUCUUAUCAACAAAAUGGCACAUAUUUUCUCCCUUGUGUUUGCUGCAGAUUUCCCGGAUAGAUGGCCUACAUUUAUGGAUGACAUUUUUCUUUCGCGUGGAUUAGAUAGUGUUCCGUUGGUAGUGUUCUAUCUGAAAACCCUUCUGGCUAUCGAUUCAGAAGUAGUUGAUCGCGAUAUACAGAGAACAAAAACUAUCUUUGAUCGUAAUACCAAAAUCAAAGACUUCAUGCGUGAUCUGUGCAUUUCGCAAAUUGUGCAAAGUUGGUGGACAAUACUGGAGCGUUGCUCGGAUGUAACGGCGCAGUGCCUUUGCCUUGACGCUGUUGCAGCAUUUGUUGAUUGGAUCGAUGUAGAACUGGUUGCCAAUGAUGUGUUUGUACCGCUUGUAAUAGCUCGAUUGGGGAACAAGGAAAUAUCCGAAGCGGCAGUGCGUGCUGUAUCUGCUCUGAUCCAGAAAGGAAUGCCACCGUCUAAGAAGCUUUCACUGGUUACUGCUCUUACAGAUGUCAUGCGAAACAACCAUCUCAUCAGUGUGAAUCCGAACAGCGACUAUGAGGACGUUUUGCGAGCAGGAUCGCUUUUAAGUGCUGUCGGAAGUGUUCUCAUCGACACCUACCACAAGUGA